AUGGGACCCCAGAAAAAACCUCAGAAAUCUAAAAACAGAGAGACUAAGCUAUUUAUUAGCUUUGAUGAGAAUUCAAGACGGGAAUUUCUUACUGGUUUUCGGAAACGCAAGAAAGAGCGGCAAAGGAAAGCAAAGCAAAAGCUGGAAGAAAAACUAAAAGAAGAACGACGAGAAAUUCGAAAAGAGAAAAGGGAAAUGUUUCGGACUAUGAUGCAGAAUUACAAGGUCGCUCCAGAGAUUAAACACCUGGUUGACCCCAAAGAAUUCAAUAUAGACCAACACACUGUCACAGUGACUGAUGUGUCCGAGGUUGAUAUCACAGGUCAAGAUGGCUUGCGAUUGGGUGUAAACAAGGGUUCAGUUGUGAACAAGCAUGAUGAAGGAAAAUCUGAGGAAGCUGAGAGCGAAACUGAAGCUGACAUAAAGUGUAAAAAAUAUCAUGAAGAAAAACUUCGCCGCAGAAUUAAAAAAGCAAAUGAUUUGCAGCAACGAAUAAAAGCAAAACAGAAAAAGAAGCACAAACUGAGGGAUCCAAAUGAUCCAAAAUCUGGAUCCAGAAGAAACAAGCACCAGUUUGGUAAAAAGAAGAAAAAAAGAAUGCAAGUCACAGAAUAA